AUGAGCUUCACAGAAACUCAGAGUUUCGGAAGGUUUCUGGUGCUCCUGUGUUUCUCUUUGAUAAUAACAAUCUCAUCUGGAGCCACCACCAUUUCUGCGAACCAGCCUCUGUCUGGAGACUACACAAUAAUAUCUGAAGGUGAACAGUUUGAGCUGGGUUUCUUCAAACCAGGUAACUCUGCCAACUAUUACAUAGGCAUUUGGUAUAAGAAGAUCAAGUCCAAUCCUCUUUCCAUAGUUUGGGUGGCAAACAGAGAAACACCCGUCUCUGAUAGAUUCCGUUCAGAACUAAAAAUCAUUGAUGGGAAUUUGGUGCUCUUGAAUGAGUCCAAGUCCCAGAUUUGGUCCACAAAUGUCUCCUCCACCACCACUUUGAAGUCUGCAAUAGCUGUUAUUCUUGAUGAUGGUAACUUAGUUUUGAGAGACUCCAGUUCAAAUUCAGUUGAACCUGCAGUUUGGCAAAGUUUUGACCAUCCAACUCAUACUUGGUUGCCUGGUGCUAAACUUGGUUAUGAUAAAAGAACUAAAAAGAGCCAGCGUCUUACAUCAUGGAGAAGCAACGAAGAUCCUGCUGUUGGACUCUUCUCAGCUGAACUUCAUCCAUCAGGUAAAGAGUAUGUAUUCAAGUGGAAUGGCUCCCAACAAUAUUGGACAAGUGGGGCUUGGGAUGGGAAAGCAUUUUAUUUAGUACCGGAAACAAGGUUGGAUUACAAUUACAUAUACAGUUACCAUGAAAAUGCGAACGAGAGUUACUUCAUUUAUUCUGUGCAGUCUGGAUCACCUUUUUGUAAUUGCUUGACUGGCUUCAAUCCUAGAUCAGAGAGUGAUUGGAAUCACAGUGAUUUCUCUAGUGGAUGUGUGAGAAAAACCGAUCUGCAGUGUGGGAGAAGCACGGAAAAGCAAGAUUUUCUCAAGAUUAUGGUCAAGAAUCUGCCUCCAAACAACUCUGUGGCAGCUGGGAAUGCUGGAGAAUGUCGUACCACCUGUUUGAAUGAUUGCUUUUGUAAUGCUUACUCUUUUGUGGGUACUCAAUGUUUAGUUUGGAAUGGAGAUCUCUUGAACCUAUCAGAAGACGAUGGUAGUGGGAAUACAAUCUACAUUAAAGUUGCUUCUAAGGAUCUUCCUCAUCCUAAAAAGAGUAAUCUGAUCACGGCCGGUGUUAUUGAGGGGUUGGUGGGAGGUACGGUUCUUGCCUUGGGUCUAAUUUUGGUUUUAUUCUAUGUAAAAAAGAGGGUAUCGGUGGGAAAGACAGAAAUGGUGGGAUCACUGGUGGCGUUUGUCUACAAAGAUUUGCAAAUAGCCACCAAAAAUUUCUCUAACAAACUGGGAGAAGGUGGUUUUGGUUCGGUUUUCAAAGGGGUACUGCAUGAUUCGUCGAUUGUGGCAGUGAAAAAGCUUGAAAGCAUCAGCCAAGGAGAGAAGCAGUUCAGGAGUGAAGUCAGCACAAUCGGUACUAUCCAACACGUUAAUCUUGUACGUCUUCGUGGGUUUUGUGCUCAAGGUAAAAAUAAGUUGUUGGUUUAUGAUUACAUGGCAAACGGUUCACUAGAUACCCAUCUUUUCCGUGGAAAACAAGUUUUAAACUGGGAAACGAGGUAUCAGAUUGCGCUUGGAAUUGCAAGAGGGUUGGUUUAUCUGCAUGACAAGUGCAGAGACUGCAUCAUUCACUGUGACAUAAAGCCAGAUAACAUUCUUUUAGAUGCUAAUUUCCAACCUAAAAUUGCUGAUUUUGGGCUGGCAAAGCUUGUUGGUAGGGACUUUAGUAGGGUGUUAACAACUACAAGGGGGUCAAUGGGGUAUCUAGCGCCAGAAUGGAUAUCAGGGGUUGCUGUCACAGCUAAAGCAGAUGUUUAUAGCUAUGGAAUGAUGCUUUUUGAAUUAGUCCAUGGAAAGCGAAAUGUCAUGCAUUGUGAAGAUUCAAGUAGUACAUUCUACCCAGGUUUGGUUUCAAGUGUUCUUAUGAAGGGAGGUGAUAUCCUUAGCCUGCUAGACACUAGGUUGAACAGGGAAGCUAGUGUUGAAGAAGUGACAAAGAUUUGCAAAGUUGCAUGCUGGUGUAUCCAAGAUGAGGCAGAGAGUAGGCCUGCCAUGAGUCUGGUGGAACGGAUUCUUGAAGGGGUCUCAGACAGUGUUCACAAGCACAGAACUAUUCUUCGGGUAGUGACCCCCAAUCGAAGAGUUCAUCAUCUUAAAGAUCAGUUAUUGAAAGUUGAAAGUGGGAAGCAGCAAGGAGGUUCGUGAAGGACUGAAGCAGUCUAAAUGAGUUGUAACUAUGUUCUAUUUAUGUUUCUCAUUAAAUAACAUUACGUUGAGUGAUUUAUUUGGUAUGUUCUAGAGAUCUUUGUAGUGAGUUUUCGUGUAAGAUGUAUUUCAUUUUUUGUGUUCUUAAUAUAUGCUACGAUGAAGUGGAAGUUUAAGUAUCUUGGUUGCAAUGUGAUUUUUUUUUUUUUUGG